UUGCUGGAAGGCAAGUUGUUCUCACACCCUUUCAGAUAAGGCGAAGAAAUAUUGGAUUGGCAGAUACGUCGCCGUAUUCUUAUGCUGGCCUAUAGGCUGGUUUUUGGGGCGAUGACAGUCAAGUCUUUCACAAGCUGCUCAGACAUGGCUCGAUUUUUUGAUCGCAUUUGCCGAGCAGUUCCCGAAAGAGGAUGCAGGACGGAAGCCACCUUGAGAAUCGGGAUGAGUUCUCGAAACUGCAACCGCCCAAAUGAUUUCCCACCUACAUCCUCGAAACCACAACCCCCCUAACAACGGGACUUCUCGCCUGAAAGAACCGGACCACUGACACCGAGACUCGCACCCGAGCAUGUCCACCUCAAACGUGUUUCCUCCUUCUACGGAUCCUCUCGCUGAGGCAGGGCCAGUUAAGGAUGCGGUGCGGCCCGUUCGAGUCACCUCUGCCAUGACUCUAUCGGAGAACCCAGAGGCCCCAGCACAGCCUGCCGUCAUCACCAUUGUCCCUGGCUACCGCCCUAGCAUCCUCGCCCGCACUCUCGAGAUGCACAUGGACUGUUAUUACCCGAGAUACGGAUGGGGCCGAGAAUGCGAGGCCGUCUUCUCCCAGGCGCUGGGUGACCUGCUGGCGCGACUCAACAAGCCAAUGAACCAGGUCUGGUCGGCCGUUUCCACGACACCCACGCGGGAUUCUCAGGGCACUGUCACGGAGCGGAUAGUCGGAGCGGUGUACAUUGACGGCGAAUGCUCCAAGAUGGAUGGCGUGGCUCGCCUACGUUUCUUCAUUGUCGAUGAGUCAACCAGGGGCUUGGGUGUCGGCAAGAAGCUCUUCGAAACUGCGAUGGAGUUCGUGAGGGAGACCAACUUCCAUGAGUGCCAGUUGUCAACACUGAGUGACCUGACCGUGGCUAGGAGAUUGUAUGAGGCGGCAGGGUUCAAGGAGGCCGGUGAGAAUUGGGUCGAGGGGCUUGGAAAGGGGCAUUGGCAAAUGAAUUACAUCUGGCGUCGCUCAGAUGAGCCUAAGCAGGCUUGAACACUGGACAUCUGACGUACUUCAAGAACCUGAAUGAAUCGCUCUGUAUAUGUAUGGAACACUUGAGUUUGCAAGACCUGAACGUCAUCUUCAGUAGGAACAAUACCCUGCCUGCCUGCCUGCCAAACACAU